AUGACUUCUCCAAGAGCCCCCAAGGACAAGUUUUAUGAGAAGUUCAUCAACCCCUACUUUCCAGAGGUGAUGCAACACCCUCAAUCCAUUGAGAUGCGUGAGAGGAUGCUCCACAUCCGGGACAUUCUGGGGCAACGGAGGACCGGAAGCGUGGAGGCCAGGCUCGAAGCAUUGGAGCAGGAGGUCUUGAAGUGCCAAGGGAUGGUGGAACACGGACUCAACGCCAACCAUUCCAUGAUCACGAAAUUCACCCGUGACCACAAGCUGGACACCAAGGAUAUUGGAGAGGCCAUCUCCAAGCUUCAUAAGAAAAACGAGCAUCUCCAUGCCCAGAUCUAUGACCUGCAAAACCAAAACUGUGACUAUGAAUACAUAUUUAAUAGGAUGAGUUUGGCUGCAUAUUUGAGGAUUCCGGAGAUUCGUUAA